AUGAGCUGCUGUGUCUCCUUAACAGUGAAGCCUGACCCUCCAGAAAAUGUGGUAGCCCGACCAGUACCCAGCAACCCUCGCCGGCUAGAGGUGACUUGGCAGACCCCUUCGACCUGGCCCGACCCUGAAUCCUUUCCUCUCAAGUUCUUUCUGCGCUACCGACCCCUCAUCCUGGACCAGUGGCAGCAUGUGGAGCUGUCAGACGGCACAGCGCACACCAUCACGGAUGCCUAUGCCGGGAAGGAGUACAUCAUCCAGGUGGCGGCCAAGGACAAUGAGAUUGGGACGUGGAGUGACUGGAGCGUGGCCGCUCAUGCCACACCCUGGACUGAGGAGCCACGACACCUCACCACUGAGGCCCAGGCCCCGGAGACCACGACCAGCACCACCAGCUCACUGGCACCUCCACCCACCACGAAGAUUUGUGACCCUGGGGAGCUGGGCAGCGGCGGAGGACCCUCAGCACCCUUCGUGAUCGGUGUCCCCAUAACUCUGGCCCUGGCUGCUGCCGCCACUGCCAACAGUCUCCUGAUCUGAGCCCGGCACCCCGUGAGGACAUGCCAGCGCACCUGCAGAGGACCAGGAGGCCGGAGCUGAGCCCGCAGACCCCAGCUUCUAUUUUGCACACGGGCGGGAGGACCUUCUGCAUUCUCUUCAAACAUAAUUUGUAGAGACCCCGGCAGGCCCGGCCCUGCCGCCCCCUAGCCCUGCCACACCAUGCUGGCUCUCCUCCUGCCCUCAGGAGAGGAGGACCCUGCAGCUAACCCACCCACCAAAGACCCCCCACCCCCACCCUGGCCCCUCGGGCUGGACCCUCCAAUGCCAGCCACUCCCAAGAGCCCUUGGGGGGGUCUGAGGGGAGCCCCUCACAUCCAUAAUUUCUCCUGCCCCAGCCUCCUGUCUGUCCCAGGGUCUCUGUUGCCACCAUCAGAUUAUAAGCUCCUGAUGCUGGGGGGGCCCAGCCGUCCCCCUCCCCCCAGCGCCCACACUUUUCACUCCCCCACCUGUCCCCGUUUUGUACGACCCUCCCCUUUCCCUGCUCCCACCCCACAGUAUUUAAUGCCCUGUCAGUCCCUUCUAGUCUGACUCAAUGGUAA